AUGGUGAUGGCUGAAAACAGGAAGGAAGAUGCUAGAAUAGGCAGGAAGACCAAAGUGCGAAAGCGCUAUAUGGUUGAGACAGAUUCGUCGGAGGAAGACGACACCAUUGAAGAAGAAGAGAUUAGGCCAGUGAUAAAGCUAGCCAAGACAACCAAGACAACGAAAACGCCAGAAAUACCAGGCUUAAACCCAGAAACUUUGCAUAAACCCUGGAAUGAAAUCCAGCCCGGACUAUUGGGCGAAAUAGCCAUACAUCCUCGAAAACUCACGGAUCUAAAAAAGGCAAUGACAAGCAUGCUGCACGCGGACCCCAUAUUUGGGUAUUCCUGUCGAAUUUUGAUUUGUUCAGGCCCUUCAGGGUCUUGCAAGAGCACGGCGGUUCAGCUGGUGGCUCGGGAACUACUUCCAGAUGUGUCCAAUCCAAUAGUCGAGUAUAUCAAUCCACAAAGCAUGGUGUCUGCUGGUGGUGGGACUGGAUCCACAAUGGGUUCUUUCAGCAAUUUUAUGAGGCAAUGUGCUGUGCUAACUGGCAACAACAAGAGGUUUGUUGUGGUUGAAGAUAUACCGAACAUUUACCACGACAAGACGCGAGAAGAGUUUCUGACGUCGCUAAAAGAAUGGCUUGAUAUCAGCGAGAAGAAUGACCUGCCUCCGGUUGUGAUGAUUGUCACUGAGUAUGAAACUCCACAAGAGUACGUGUCUGGUGGAUUGAACCGCAAUUUUAUUGCGGAGACUGUGUUUGACCGUGAAAUUCUGUUCCAUAGGCGGGUGUCGCGGAUCAAGUUCAACCCCGUGGCCAAGACGUAUCUCAAGAAGUGUUUAACCAAUAUAUACAACCGAGAGACAAAGCUCUUCAAGGCAAAAGGAGUAUCGAAGACCCGGGCAUUUGAGGAAAUAAACGCGUUAUCGACCAACUAUGGAGACGUGAGAUCGGCAAUCAUAUCCUUCCAAUUCUGGUCACGAUUUCACUCGAAAGGUUCGAAGAGCAUCACCACUUUGGGGAAGGAAACCAACAUGGGCAUAUUCAACGCAUUGGGAAAGAUAAUUUACGGGACACAGCAUAAAGAAGAAGAGAUUCUGAACUUUAGGAAGUUACAGAUAGGAGAGUACAAACUGUCAGAUCAAAGUGAUGCGGGAGCCAUCAACGUGGACGUUGCUUCUGUUUCAAAUGUACUCAAGGACUUUGGCUCACAAGCAACGUCCUUCAAUCUUGGGCUAUUGGAAAACUAUACCGGGUUUGACCCCGCAAACCUCAAGGUUGACGCACAGCUGCUGCAGAUUAUCGACGACCUGUCGAUAGCCGAUCUGUGCAGUACGAGGGGUUUACCAGAGUACCAAGGAAAUAUAGCAAUGAGAUCCGUGAGAAUACACAUGAGAAAUAUUGAGUCAAGUAUUGGAACUACGAAAAGGCACGAUAACUUGAAAUUUUCUAGACAAUGGAAGGUGCAACAGAAGCAGAAUAACACCAACAGAGAGCUUGAAGACUACAGAUUGAGAAAACUGAAAAGACUUUCUGGGAUCUCCCGGGUCAGUUCCAGUGAUUGUCUCUUAUUGGACGGAUUCUACGAACCAAUAAUUCUCAAUUCGAGGAAGAGCCUGCUGAGAACGAGAUACCCUCGAGUGGGAGGGUCGCUCAACAACCCUAUAUAUGCCGACUCCGAGAUCGUGAUCGAGAACGAAGAGGACGAUUACUUCACCCGGGUCAAGAAUGCCCGACAGGCGGAUCUCGAGACCUAUGGCGUGGAUGUUGAGGCCGAGGAAGAGGGUGCACUGGAGAGUGAUGAUUCCGACCCAGUGGUGGACUCCGAGGAAGAUACCACUGUACAUGACGAUGACUCUGUGGAACUGCUAAGUGACUCUGAUUUGGAUAAUGUAUAA